AUCCCUCGCUUCUCCACUCCGCCACUCAAAUUCAAUUCUCUUCUCCCCCAAUUUCCCGUUUUCUCAGCGAUAUACUUGCUCUGGUGAACCAUGUCGCUGAGACCUAAUGCUCGCGUGGAGGUCCGUCGCAACAGGUACAAGGUGGCGGUGGACGCCGAGGAGGGCCGCCGGCGGAGGGAGGACAACAUGGUUGAGAUUCGCAAGAACCGCCGUGAAGAGAGCCUCCAGAAGAAGCGCCGUGAGGGCAUCCCGCAGUUUUCUAUCCCAGUUGAAGCCACUACCGGCAUCGAGAAGAAGGUGCAGUUAGAAAAUCUACCAUCAAUGGUUGCAAGUGUUUGGACUGACGAUGCUGGUAAACAACUUGAGGCAACCACUCAAUUCCGUAAACUACUUUCUAUAGAACGCAGUCCUCCAAUUCAGGAGGUAAUUCAAGCAGGUGUUGUUCCCCGCUUUGUUGAAUUUCUGAUGAGGGAGGACUUCCCCCAACUUCAGUUUGAGGCAGCUUGGGCUCUCACAAAUAUUGCUUCUGGAACAUCAGAGCACACUAAGGUGGUAAUUGAUCAUGGAGCUGUCCCAAUAUUUGUUAAGCUUCUUGGUUCUCCAAGUGAUGAUGUUCGGGAACAGGCUGUCUGGGCCUUGGGUAAUGUAGCUGGUGAUUCCCCCAAAUGUCGAGACCUUGUACUUGGUCAUGGUGCCUUGGGUCCAUUGCUAGCUCAGUUGAAUGAACAUGCCAAGUUAUCUAUGCUAAGAAAUGCUACCUGGACGCUGUCAAAUUUCUGCAGAGGCAAGCCACAGCCUGUGUUCGAACAGACGAGACCUGCACUUCCAAUUCUUCAACAACUUAUACACUCUAGUGAUGAAGAAGUUUUGACUGACGCAUGCUGGGCUCUCUCUUAUCUAUCUGAUGGAACAAAUGAUAAAAUUCAAGCUGUGAUUGACUCUGGGGUAUGCCCCCGAUUAGUCGAGUUGUUGCUCCAUCCAUCGCCCACUGUUCUUAUUCCUGCCCUUCGGACAGUUGGAAAUAUUGUCACUGGAGAUGAUUUACAAACUCAGUGUAUCAUCAGCUGUAAUGCGCUACCUUGUCUUUUGAACCUCUUGAGCGGUAGUCAUAAAAAGAGCAUUAAAAAGGAAGCUUGCUGGACUAUCUCCAACAUCACAGCAGGAAACAGGGAGCAAAUUCAGGGUGUCAUUGAGGCCAACAUUAUUGGUCCGCUAGUCCAAUUGCUUCAAAAUGCUGAGUUUGAUGUAAAAAAAGAGGCUGCAUGGGCCAUAUCAAAUGCAACAUCUGGCGGCACUCAUGAGCAAAUUAAGUACCUCGUAAGUCAACAAUGUAUUAAACCUUUAUGUGACUUGCUUGUGUGCCCGGACCCAAGAAUUGUCACUGUCUGCUUGGAAGGGCUUGAAAACAUCUUAAAGGUAGGGGAAGCUGAGAAGAAUUUGGGUCGGACAGGAGAUGUCAACCUUUAUGGUCAAAUGAUAGAGGAUGCUGAAGGGCUCGAAAAAAUUGAGAACCUGCAGAGUCAUGACAACAUUGAGAUUUAUGAGAAGGCAGUGAAGAUUCUGGAGACAUACUGGCUGGAGGAAGACGAUGAGCCGGCACCACCUGGAGAUGCAUCGCAGCAACAGGGCUUCCAAUUUGGAGGAGAGGUCUCUGUCCCCAGUGGUGGAUUCAGCUUCAACUGAAACGUUUGCUACUUAAACUACAUGGUUAGAAGUUAAAAGCUGACAAGAGUUACAUGGGAUUUUAGCCUCUUGGAAAGCAUUGAUGGAAUUUGUUACAAUUAGUUGUAAUGGAUAUUUAAUCCAAUAUCUUGAGUAAUUUGUAUUAUUAGAAAAUUGCCUGAUUUUCUAUUCUAUGGCCGGGUGAUUUUGGCUCUCCCAAAAAAUUUGGUUCCCCGGCUUGUUCUUGUUAGUGUUAUGGAUUCUCAUUUCAUGGGUAGUAACGUGAUAUUUUUUGAUCC